UGCGCCUGGGAGGGACUCUGGCCUCCCAGGGGACCCGCCCUCAGGAAGUCUUCCACUGGCGCCGCGCCGGCAGCGGGAUGACCCGGCCUGGAACUCUGUUCUGACGGCCAGCACAAAACUCUUGAAAAACAGGAAUCUAAAGUGAGGCAGCUCACUGUCGGCCACCCCUGCAGCCAUGGGCAGCAACGGAACAGACCUGGCCACCGGCUAUCUCUCUUCUUCUGUAGCAAUUCUCUUGUUUGGUUCCAACUUUGUACCACUUAAAAAAUAUGAUACUGGAGAUGGAAUGUUCCUUCAGUGGGUGCUUUGUGCUGCCAUUUGGCUGGUCUCAUUGGUGGUCAACUUGAUACUACACUGCCCUAAGUUUUGGCCUUUUGCAAUGGUUGGGGGCUGCAUUUGGGCAACAGGGAACAUUGCUGUUGUCCCAGUUAUCAAAACCAUUGGUUUAGGCCUUGGAAUUCUUAUCUGGGGAUCAUUUAAUGCCUUAACUGGCUGGGCAAGCUCAAGGUUUGGCUGGUUCGGGAUGGAUGCGGAAGUAGUAUCAAACCCACUGCUGAAUUACAUUGGAGCUGGGCUGUCAGUGGUGAGUGCUUUCACAUUUUUGUUCAUCAAAAGCGAAGUACCAAACAGCCCAUGUUCCGCAGACACUACACCGCUGAUUACAGAGCAGGUGAUCAACACAACUCCAGGCCCCUGUGCCAACUCUUCCUGGGUGGACAGACUUUCUCCUACAUACCACCACAUCGUGGGCUGCAGUCUCGCAGUAAUAUCUGGAAUACUCUAUGGAUGUACAUUUGUGCCAAUCAUUUACAUCAAGGACCACAGCAAAAGGAAUGACAGCAUAUAUGCAGGGGCUAGCCAGUAUGAUUUAGACUACGUUUUUGCACAUUUCAGUGGCAUCUUUCUUACAAGUACAGUCUACUUUCUGGUCUAUUGUAUAGCCAUGAAAAAUAGUCCUAAACUGUAUCCUGAGGCAGUCUUACCAGGGUUCCUCUCAGGGGUGCUGUGGGCCAUCGCCACCUGCUGCUGGUUCAUAGCCAACCACUCGCUGAGCGCCGUGGUCAGUUUCCCCAUAAUCACUGCGGGUCCUGGAUUUAUAGCUGCAUUGUGGGGCAUCUUCAUUUUUAAGGAAAUACAGGGUCACCGAAACUACUUCUUGAUCAUGAUUGCAUUCUGUAUCAUCUUGGCUGGAGCGUUAUGCACAGCUUUUUCUGAAAUCUAACUAUUCACUACCAGACCAGCAGAUGGCAGUAGACUCUAGGAAACCGCCUCUACCUGAGAAGCUAGCACAGUCAAGAACCUAGCUCCUCCAUAGCAAUGGAUCUCGGCCACUCUGGCAAUGAAUGGCUACAUGACUGUUAAGCCCACAAAUGUGAAAAUGAAGAGAGACUAUAUUUCAGUCAACGUAAAUAAAAACUGCUUCUGGUGAGCUGUUAAUGAAGGCAGGCUCUCAAUGGGACUUAUCUGAGUUCUUCCAGCAUCCUGAGGAAGCUGGCUUCAACAAUGUCUACCUAGUGUUUCAUAAUCUAGGAAUCAUGAUGGAGUUCAUGCAAAAAGAAGUUUCCAUCCACAUUCCUCCUAACUUAUCAUUGAAGAAGAGCAGAAAGAAAUACAUUGCUGGCAGAGGGGAGGAACACAGACACACCUCAUGGAAUUAAAGUUCAAAGAUAACUGGAUGCUUUGAGAGAGAAAGCACAUGUCUGGUUGAUAACUGAAUGUUUUAAAAUCCACUUCAUUGUUUUUAUAGUCAACGCUUAUUUUUACUUUGAAUCAGUAUUGCUCGGCGAUUACAUCACCUGUUCUUUUUAGCUCAAAAUGCUUUUAUUUCCAGAUAACAUCCAUCCUCAGAGAGCAAGUUUCCACCUCUGGGAAUGCGUAUGGAGUGUAAUACAUACACAAGCUCAUUUGUGUUGUGUGCCCUUCCAGAUCUGGAGAAGAAUCUAGUGUUGUUAAGGAUUUUAGUUUCUCAGAGGCAAUUUAAAGGGAGCAUACUUAUUUGUAUACACAACUAUUUUUUUUCUGAAAUAAUUGCCCAAAAUCAUUUUAACAGAGAUUUUCCGUUUUUUCCUGGUUUAACUGAUAUCUAGUAGAACAUGGGAAACAUGUUGGAUUUAUUCUUUAAGAAAACAAAUACAACUCUUUUUUAAUAUUUUAUUUUUAUUUUAUGUGUAUGAGUGUAUUGCCUGCAAGUAUGUGAAUACACCCGUGUCAUGCAAUGCCGCAGAUGUCAGAA